AUGAUGACGGCACUUCGGGCGAAGUACGCUCGCCACGGUGCGUCGACAGACUCAUCGUUCGCUGGCAGCUCCGCUGCGUCGUGGGCAGAGGUGCUGCCGCGGCAGACGGUUUCUCAAACGCUCGAAGCAGCAGCUGCUGCACCUGCGGCGGUGGACAAGACGGCUUCGUCUACACCCGCUCCUGCUCUUUCGCUGUUUCGAACUGCUGAUGCGCCAUGCGCGGAGAGCGCAUCCGGUGACGCGCCGCCUGCGGCGGCGUUUAGAGCUAUAAUCACUCCCUCAUGCACCGGCCGUCCUGUGACGGAGCACACCACUACGGCCACCGCCGCUGCCGCUGCUGCAGCGCGCCACCAGCGCCACCGCGAAAUGGUGCAGUUGAUUGAUCAGCUGCGCUCUGUCGACGUUGGACGGCUGGCCGAUCGCAUGGCGGUGCUGUCCGCGUCCGCGCCGUCACCGGCGUCGCGAACUCCGUGGCUACUGUGGCGUCAGGGGCGUGAGGCGUCGGCGCUCGAGGUGGACAACGACCGCAGUGAUGGCCGAUACAACGACAACAACAGGGAGCUGGCCGAGCUGCUGCGACACACUGCCGUCUUCUUGAACUUUUUCUCUCAGUGCGCCAGCCGAUUUCUGCUGCUUGCAGAGGAGGAGGAGCGUCUGGCGGACGCAGCGUUGACGACGCCCGAGGGCGCAUCGCCGUCACGGGCGCCUCCCCAGUUGCAGGAGCGCCAAGCUGCCGUCGAAAUGCCGCAGCGACCGCCGCACCACGGCGACCACACUACCUGCGGCAGGCAGGACAACGCCGAGCAGAUGCGGCGUGGCGCCGGCGGGCUUCCACACCGCAGCGGUAGCCACAGGCAUGAUCACUUGUGUGGUGGCAGCAGUCGUGGCGGCAACGCUGAGCGCGCGGCGCGCGGCACUGACACCAGCGCCUCCUCGUCGAAGACCCAUAUGGAGCACCCGGCCACGAUCGUGUCCACCCCGGUGCACUGUGCAGCGUCUUCCCCAACACCGUCUGCUGCUGCCGCCGCCCCUGUCCACAGUCGCGAGGUGGACCACGCCGAUGCAACGGUCUCCAGCCACCAUCGGCGCUCUUCAUGUGUGCGAGGCAUCCGCCAGCUUCCCUUGCCUUCCACCUUGCCCCCGCGAUCGUCGUCCGCCUCUCCUCCUCCGCGGGCGACGGGGCAGGACGAGGACCGCGUGACUAGCGUUGGUAAUCGCGGCGGCGGAAGCCGCUCUCCGACGUACCGCACGACGACCGUCUCACCACUGACGUCGCCAAAGGACAGGCGCAGCGGGCACUCGCCCCACACGCCGUCCCAGCCGCGCUACAGCAGAGGAGGGGCAGUGCCGCGUGCGUCAGCUGCGGCCACGACGGUGAGGGCGCCUGCUGGCCAACGCAGCUCUUCCUCACCUCUCGAAAGCUCGCCCGCUGCCACGCCACCGCGGCCCCCGACCUCUCCGCCCAUGCACGGCGGCGCACUGGUCGUGCGAUCGCCACCGUCGCCGCUCGCGCGCAGGCGAGUGCACACGUGGACGCCGUCCUCUCAGCUCAACCAUUACGCUGCAGCGUGCGCGGCUCUGCAAAGUGGUGACUGCGUCGUUCUGCAGCCUGGCGUGUACUAUGAGGAGCUGGUGCUGGACGACUGCGGACACGUGGAGCUGACGAGCGCGUACCCGGGUGCCGCGGUGGUGCUGCGGCCUUCCUCGGACUUGGCGCCGGCUCUCCGCAUCCGCGGCGCCUACAGCCGGGUGGAGCUGAAGGGCGUCGUGCUCGUACAGGGAGAAUGGGUGGAGGCGGAGGGCGCCGCAGCUUCCGUUGCCCCGCGCUCCUCGUUCUCCACCGCACCCCCGCUGCCGCUGCUCUCGGUGAGCGACGGUGCAGCACUGCAGGCGACGGCCUGCCACUUCUACGGUGGCGCUGGCGGCGGCGUCGUCAUUGCUGGACCGCACACGCACGCCACGCUGGAUCUGUGCCUCAUCUCGCUCUGCGGCUUCGCAGGCAUCUACGUGCACCAUGGCGCCAGCGUCGAGGUGCGGCAGUCCAAGGUGAAGAAGAGCGAGGCGGGACUGCGUGUGUUGCAGUCCUCCUUCUAUGUGCAUGAGUCGACGCUGGAGGAGAACAAGACGGACGGCAUCGUCGUCUACGAGGGUGGCGUGGGCGUUCUGGAGGGUUCGAGCGUCAUGAACAACGGCGGCAACGGGCUCUUCCUCGAGGGCGGUGCCGGGGAGGAGGUGCGGGUAAUUGCCUCGACGAUAGAGCUAAAUGCCCUCUACGGGGUACAUCGCUUCCGCGGGUCGACACUGCACAUCCGCUCCUCCUACAUCCGCGACAACGGUCUGUUGCCCAUCAGCGAGGACGGCGGCUGA